GGAGUUGAAGCUGGUUAAUCACCUUGCUAAGAGUAGGUUAAUUUAUUUAAACAAGCGAGCGUAAGAAAAACGUCUUAAUUUACCUUGUAAUUAGAGCGCCGUCUAACUCUUUACUCGUAGGCAUUUUGUAUGCCUAUUUGGAGCUUUUAUUAGCCUAGGUUAACAUUAGUUUCCGUGAAACAAUUCGGAAUUUUUCCACUCUCCGAAAUUUUCAAAAUGGCGACAGCAAGAAGGCAGCUGAAGAAAAAGCGAAUGGACGACAAAACGGAGAAAAAUGCUUAUGAUUUUACCCCAGAAGAUGAAAAAAAGGAGUUGAGCGGGUCAGACGAUGAUGUGAGGGAAGAUGAAACUCCGAUUGUGGACAAGCUGACAAAGAAGAGGCCUGCAUCCAAUUUCGAUGAGGAGGCGACAGCGUGUGGCAUGGGAAAUGAAGUCCAGUCUAUGUUGGAGAAAUUUGGCGCUGAUAUAAAUAAAGUUAUGCACGCCAAGAAGAAACGCCUGGAGUGUUUGACAAAGAACUACAUGAAGGGAAGCCAGCACAAACUAGAGCAGCUUUGGACCAGCUACCAUGGACAGAGGAAGAAGACGACUCAGCAGUACCAGCAGCAGGUCUCCUGUGCACUGCAGCAGUGGGAGGUUGAGGCUCAGCGAGCUGAGGAGCAGGAGGAGAAGCUCAAUAAUUUGUUCCGGCAGCAGCUGAAAAUCCUGCAGCAGGCCCGAGCUGUGCAGAACCAGAAGCUGAAAGCUGUCAGAGAGCUGUACGAGCAGUUUCUGCAGAACAUGGAGGAGGUGGAGAAGAGCCACGAGAUGUUUCUGCAGGGAACGCAGCAGGAGCUGAGGAAGGAGAUGGCCUCCCUGCAGAAGAAGAUUCUCAUGGACACACAGCAGCAGGAAAUGGCCACGGUCCGCAAGUCUCUGCAGUCCAUGCUUUUCUGAUCUGCUGUCGUCACCAUGACUGUUCUCUUGUUUUGGAUGUUAUUGCUGCAACUUUAUUCGUUCUUACAGUAGCAGUUCAGAUUCACUUCUCAACUUUAGUUUUUGUUUGGA